AUGCCCAUCCGCAACCCUUUUGCACGGCGCACCGGCGGCGGCCUCGCCCAGGACGAGAGCAUACAACCUGAGCGAGAAGUUUCGCAUCCCGGUUUCGAGCGUGUCGAUACCGUCGGGUCCAAAGCAUCGUCGGCCCUCAGCAUUCGAAGUAACAAGAGCCAUGAUACUGGCGAAUACAAGAUGAGUGUUGUGAACGAUAGUGGCGUGUAUCUUCCGCCAUCACCCACAGAAGACAAGGCCCAAUGGCCUCGCAAGUAUUUGUCUUCAAGAGCGUCAACGGAAACUGGAAGCAGUGUCGGUGACAUCGAACACUUUCCCAUUUCCCGCGAAUCAUUCGACUCAUAUCGAAGAUCAUUUGAUAUCACGGCAAAGUCGCCUAUUAUUUCCCACGACGGCCUUGGGCGACAGAGUCUCGAUUCUGCUCGAUUUCGACGCCUCCCUAGAUCUGCAAUUGAUCGCAAAUUCGAGCGCGAGCCGCCAACCGCUGAGGAAGGAUUUGAAGACGUCGGCUUAGACGACCACAAGCAGCAACCCCGAAAGCGAGGCUUCUUUGCCAAGCUGACGGAUUCCCAAGAUUCAAGUGGCCAAGCCACAGUAUCUCGAUUCUUGAUGCCAGGGCGCAAGCGCGGCCAAAGUGGCCAAGGCUCGGAACUUGGAACCAUGGAUGUUCCCAAGGCAUCUGAGGAGUCACGGAACUGA